AUGUUUCAUGGAAAGACGAACGAAUUUACUUCUAUUAUAUUCCGAAAGGUGAAUGUUUCGAGAUUGACUUUGUAUCAAGAAAUGGGAUAUUCUAUUUCACUUCAACCCAGUUUUAAGGAAAAGUAG